CUGCGCGUGCGCGGGGCCGGAGCCCUGGUCCUCAGAGGAGGCCGGCGAUGGCGGCGGCCGGGGGUGCUUCGCCGGAGCCAGCGGCUGCGGAGCAGCCGGCGGAGCUGCCUGCCUCGGUGCGGGCGAGCAUCGAGCGGAAGCGGCAGCGGGCGCUGAUGCUGCGCCAGGCCCGGCUGGCGGCCCGGCCCUACCCGGGGGCGGCGGCGGCUGCGGCUACCGGAGGUAUGGCUAAUGUAAAAGCAGCUCCAAAGAUAAUUGACACAGGAGGAGGCUUCAUUCUGGAAGAGGAAGAAGAAGAAGAACAUACAAUUGAAAAAGUCGUUCAUCAACCAGGACCCGUUAUGGAGUUUGAUUAUACGAUAUGUGAAGAAUGUGGUAAAGAGUUUAUGGAUUCUUACCUGAUGAACCACUUUGAUUUGGCAACUUGUGACAACUGCAGAGAUGCUGAUGAUAAACAUAAGCUUAUAACUAAAACAGAAGCAAAACAAGAAUACCUCCUGAAAGACUGUGAUUUAGAAAAAAGAGAACCAGCUCUUAAAUUUAUUGUGAAGAAGAAUCCUCAUCAUUCACAGUGGGGUGAUAUGAAACUCUACUUAAAAUUACAGAUUGUGAAAAGGUCUCUUGAAGUUUGGGGUAGUCAGGAAGCAUUAGAAGAAGCAAAGGAAGUUCGACAGGAAAACCGAGAAAAAAUGAAACAGAAGAAGUUUGACAAAAAAGUAAAAGAAUUACGGCGAGCAGUCAGAAGCAGUGUGUGGAAAAGGGAAACAGUUGCUCAUCAACAUGAGUACGGACCAGAAGAAAACAUAGAAGAUGACAUGUAUCGGAAGACUUGUACUGUGUGUGGCCAUGAACUGACAUAUGAGAAAAUGUGACUUUUACUUAAGCGAUCUGUUUUACAGUGUUUUGUAUUUAAAUAAGGGAAGUUUAGAUUGGUCCUGUUCAAAGUUAACCACAAUGUAACAUGUCCACAGAUGAAUGAAACCCUUGUGUAAAUAAUGCUUCAGUAAUAGCUAUGUGCUGGCUUGGGAGCAAGUUUAAGUCUGGCAGGUCAGCUGUGGAUAAAAUACUGGGUCUGUGAUCGUUUUUUUUCUACAACAGGGAUGGGAGCUGAGUGGUAGAGUAGGUUCAAAAGUGUUAGGUCAGAGCCAAAGUUGAGAACUAAGAAACCAAGGCAAACCCUACACUGAGGCAGGAGGAAGAGCUUGUAAUCAAGGCAAAAGCUGGCUGAACUGGAUUCUCACCCCAAGAACCAACAGGGAUGGUGGCAGACCACUGCACCCCAGGGGCUGGGCCAGGUCUCCAAGUCAGGGAGCUACUGCUGGGACAAAUCCUGACCAACAGUAGGACUAAACAAUGAGCUGUGGGAGCCUGACCCUAACAUUAAUUUCUAGAUAGCUCUCUUCAAAGACGGAUUCAAGUGGAAACCAGCUAUACUGUUUGUGGAUCAAAGGUGCUGACGGUAAGUUUAUCAUAACCUGCUGUCGUUUCCUGAGCACUUACCUUGUGCCAGGCGAGCACUGUGCUGAGUGCCUUCCAGGUAUUCUCAUUUAAUCCUGGGAGGGAGGGCCACUCGCUUCUGUGCUUAUUUAGCACUUCUAAAGGAAGUGAGAACCUACAACCUGACAUCAUCCAGACAUCUGGAUCAAAUUGAGCUAGCCAAAUUUUCCCCUAUCUUGUCAAAAGGAUCACAAGGUAGUCACAGCUAGUAAGAGGAUUUGAUCCCAUGAGCUUGAUUAUAGGGUCUAUGCAUUUUUUUUGGACAAAAACAAAUUCAAGUUAAAGUGGAUAUUUUCAAGUUGUUCUUUGACAUGACUUAUCCUACUGCUACAAAUAGAAGAAAGAGGAAGUGUAUACAUUUUUCUUUCUAGAUCGAUCAGCUCUUGGAGUUUAUGCUUGAAGAAAGGUGAACGUCAAAACAAGUCAAACCCAAAUAGGCUUGAGACUAUAAUUACUAAUUGUUCUCUGUAGGAGUAUUCAAUACAGAAAUGCUUAAUCUA